GACGGUACAGCCACCAAAUGCGCCUGUAUUCCCGCUUGCGAUGACAAAACCAUGGAUCUUGACUUUCAUCCUCGUUUGUUCAUCAUUUCUAUGUACUCAAGCCAUCUUGAAUAAAUGGGAAGCGACUAAUUUUUGCAAAUGCAUAUGCUUCCAGUCCAAUUACUCGAUCCUACACCUGACUCUUCCCGAUACUCCAUCACAACCUUGUCUUUCCUGCACAAAGCAGUGGUGUCUAAACCAGAAUCUAGCUAUUUGUGCCGGCGCCUCUCUUGGGGAUACGGAUCCUGAUACAGCGACUGGGAAAGAGGGCGACGUUGAAGCUCGGUGCUUCCAACGCGAUUCGCCUAGGGAUCAACUGGUGGUCACUAUAUUUCUACUAGUCGUCUUUGGCCUUUUACUUGGAGCAGGAAUAAAGAGACGGUUGGAGAAGGCUGGACUUGACGUUGGUUCGACGUGGAACAAUGGUGUUACUUGGUGGGAGCAUCUGAGGUCACGAAUGCCAGUAGAAGAACUCAGUCUUUCUCGGCUGGGAAAUCGUAUGGGUCAUGGUAGUCGUAGUAGGAGUGAACAAUAUGUUCAUGUGUCUAAUGAGGCUGCUUAAUUGAGGCUGUCGUUGUAUUUGUAUCUUAUAGUUCUGCAAAGAGUAACGGUCAUGUGUGCAUGUCC